UUCGCCUGGAAACCUCCAACCUAUAUAUGCCCCGACCGUCGGCGGAUAAUGGGCUUGCCAACGUGUGCCUCGAUCGUGGCGAAAGCGCUGGUGGCAUUGGGUGUGUCCAUGGCCAUCGCCGUUGCUGCCACACAGUCGUCUCUGAGCCCCCCAGUGGCGAAGGUGCCCCAGGUUCGAACAGCACCACCGCCGACCAAGCCCCAAGCACCGGCCAAACCAACGCGUCUGGUCAAGGCGACCGAACCCCCUCGACGUCUUCCGCCUCGACGCAAACCAAGACUGCGACCGCUCAAACACGUCCAACUCGUACAUUCGUUGCAGUUGUGGGUGCAGCAGGUCCUUUAUCAACUGCAUCCAGGGGUAUCGAUCAUCCCUGCCCCCGUUUUGCGUUCACUGGCCAUUCCACACCCGCCAUUGCACCGCCUCAUCUUCUGUCGGCAUGUCACCGCCUCAACUUUCGACCCUCGACAGCUCGUACGAAAAGUACAAAGUGCCCCAUUGCCCUACGCUUGCAUCCACCGGUGGCUCGUUCAUGUGGUGCUACCUGUGAGGCGAAGGCCGCCUUCCUCGAGUUGUAGCCCCAGACCCCUCCACGUCAUUGCCAAGCUGCACAUCGAUAACGCUGUCCGCCUCAUUCAAGGCUUUGUUCGAAGCCGCUUUGCCGUCAUGCUGCUCGCGUCCAAACAAAAGUACUUUUCCUGCCUCGUCCAUUCGACUCAUCUCGAUGUUCUCGGCCAAGUUCGGCGGGCCGCCAUCCUUAUCCAAGCUGCGUGGCGCCACUUUCAAUCGGUACAACUAUUGCCCUCCAACUCGCUUGACAGUCGCACCAUCCAGGGCCGAUUCUGGCGAGUGUACAGCCGCGUGUACCGCAUUCGCCUCUUGGUGUUGGCAAACCGCCUUCGACGGUCUCGCCAGACUCUGGCAAUGACCCCCCACGUGAAAGAAGUGUACCCGAUCCUCGUCGCCAAGUGGUUCAAUGUGAAGCCAGCCAACCCCACCUCUCGCGUGUGGUUUUGCAGGCGCCCGAGCAUCGUCGCGAUAACCGCUUAACCACUUGGUUUGUAGCCUCAACCCAAUGACGAGACUCCUCACUUCAUGGCCAAAGAUGGUGGCAUGGCACCCUUCCAACUUAAAUAUAGGCAUUCUUGUCCGAGA